CCACUGUUUUUUCAAAAUCCGCGAAUCCGCUCGAUUUGCCGCAAAAAUCCACAACCCGCGCCCUUUUUAAGGCCUAAUCCGUCGAUCCAAAAGCCUGCUUCCCCCCUCUAUGAAUGAGGGUAUCACCUCUUUAAGCAGGAUAAAGGAAUAUGAACCCGUAUUCGUGUUGUUUUAUCCGACUUUUUUACUCAUACUGUCACACCACUUGCACGUAAUAAUUAAGGGAUAGGGGAAAAUAUGCACGUGAUGUUAAUGAGAUAUGUCUAGAACAUAAAAAUCUAAAUGGUAUAACUUCUCAGGGCAGGAUGAAGGAAUAUGAACAAAAUUUGAAUCGUCACGCAAACUUUCAUUUGACUUAAUUGUACGUACCAGCCUUGCAAUUCGGCAAAAUACACUCACUUAAGGGUGACGUUGGGAAAAAACAUUUCAGAAAGAUGAGAUCCUAGCUGAGAAGUUCAGUAAUUCAGUAUCCUGUAGAUCUUCAUAUACAGGAAUGGCCCAAGUUUAUAUAUUGAAACGAAACAUUUACCAACAUCCAAGCGUUCUAUUUCUUGCCAGCCUGCUAUCGCAAAUGAGUGAAUAAAACGCAGACGAGUUAAUUGCGCUGAGCACAGUUGCCCCUGCGCUCUGCCUAAUUACAACAGUGGACGUGUAGCACUCAAAGAGCGGCAGGGUACAAAUUGCUUUUUGAGAUUUUAAGCAAUUAUCCAGAAACUUGGCAGUAAUAUAGAACUCGCGCGUCAUUCCCUACAUGCCUACUAAACACGCAAGAGCGCUGGAAGAUUUACGUCACAGGACUUUGAAAUUCAAAUCGCCAUUGUCAACACCUACACAUAUCAGAAGCUUUAGCGGUUUGCCUCGCCUCUGUUAGCUAGAAAGAAACGGGAGGUGUACGACUUUUUUCAGCUACAGCUUCAUGAAUUCUAAAUGAGAUAAGAAUCUAAAUUAUUUCUUUGCUCUGCAGUUAAAAAUACGUCGGAAACACAGUCAACGACACUCAGAACAAGAAAUCGCAGGCAAGCUUCCGACACUUCUCCUGUAACAAUUGAAGACGUACGCAACGAGAUCAUCAAACAGUUUGAACAACUUAUGCCCGUUCAGUAUUGCAAGUCAAGUGAGAAAGUAUGUCCUGCUGGUCCCCCCGGAGUCCCUGGUACUAGAGGUGCAAAAGGGUCUCGUGGAAUGAGUGUCAUGGGACCCCCCGGUAUGGACGGGAAAACAGGAAUGACCGGACCUACCGGACCAAGAGGAGAAAAAGGAGAAAUAGGAGUGCCAGGAUCGAAAGGAAUUCAGGGACCGCCGGGAAAACCAGGUCCUCCCGGAAUCCCCGGUUCUAGAGGUGCAAAAGGAUUUCCUGGAAUUACUGUCAUGGGACCUCCCGGUAUGGACGGGAAAACUGGAAUGAUCGGACCUACCGGACCGAGGGGAGAAAAAGGAGAAAUGGGAGUGCCAGGACCGAAAGGAAUGCCGGGACCACCGGGAAAACCCGGAGAAAAAUAUCUGCUCCACAAGUGAUGUUAUCACCUGCUAAACAAACUCGAGAUGAGGGAGGAAAUACGAAAUUUUAUUGCACUGCUGGUGGAAAUCCACGUCCUAGAAUCGAAUGGAGAUUCAAGGGCAGAAAGCUUCUGUCAGGAUCUAAACACUGGAUCGAAGAUGAUGGAGACCUGAACAUUAAACAUUUA